AUGGCAUAUAAGUGAGCUUCGUGUCUCCCCGCUGCUUGGACGCGGAUGAACAACAAAUCAAUUUCUCCCCAUCCAGCAGCUGAUCUCAAUAUGAAACCAACACUGCCUAGCCCCUGCACUGCUCCACCAUCGCCACACACCGUCUGGCGUCGGAUCCAAGAUAGAGUGCGGACAUCAUUGCACUCUGCCUAUCACUUUUGUCAACCUCUGGCUGGCGCUGCUCUCAGUGCUGUCAAAGAUGCCUGGUCCGUCCCUGCGUCCGCGCUGUGUCAAAAGUUUAUUCAGACACACGCAAAAAAACAGCUGAAACAGCUGCUAAAACUUGUCGAAACUGUCAUCAUCGGCUACCUUUCUCGCCGCUGGCCUGGCUCAGAGUUCAUCGUCCCCACCAUCACAGACUCCAUCAAGGGGCUCGCAAAACCAUACAUCAAAGCCUUCUCGAAGAGCCUCACAAAACCCUCCGAGGACGAUCGAAAGACCUCACAAAAACCUCCAAGGUCAAGGGCGGUGGCAUCCAAGCACAAGACGUCGAAGUCACGCAGAAGAGCAUACGACGAGGAUGGGGGUCUAGGGGAGAAACAAAGUGGGGCGGGGCCCAAGAUGAGGGAAGGGUGGGAGGGAGAGGGGGAUGGGGGACGCGGGAAAAAACCGGGAACUAAGAAGAACCUGGCAUGUAAGGUAAGGGGUGGCGUGAUCGUAGUGCGAAUCCGUCGUGUUCUCCCACGUCAGCUGCGAACGUGAGCACAUAAUCCCUGUCAGCAUCUAGAGCAGCCUGCAUUUCCGAUAGUAUCGCAUUUCACAAGUACAGUCAUGAGGGGAGCGCAGCAUCUUGCGUAUCAUGCACCCACGGUCCCCUGUAACGCUAGGCUCCGGAGAUGGCUGAGGUUCACCCCACAUCUGAGUAGACGCCGUGUCCAAUUGGCUUGGCCAAGCGACGGGAUAGCACACCCUCUUUUCCCAGUUCGUACUAGCUUCUCGCGCGCUGUCCGCUAAACUCUUUCAGCCCUCUUGCAUGAGGGAUCUCGGGCACUUCAACCCGUCCGAGCAGGUUUAACCCAGCCUCCAUGGCGGAAACUGCACGAGCCCAUACGUGGC